AUGGCCGACGACCAGCCCAGCGUCACUGCAACGCAAUACUACGAACCGGACCCAGAAUCUUAUGUGCAGUUCCAGCGGGAAAUCUACGCUUCACUCCGCAAGCCAAAGUACUCCACCAAACCGCAUGAAUGGGAAGCCGCAGCUCGCAAUACUAUCCCCUUGCCCAACUUCCUCUACGUCUUUGGUGCUGCCAGCAGCGAAAGCACACAUGCGGCAAACCGCUCAGCAUUUGAGCGCUAUCGUCUGCGGCCCAGCAUGUUGGUUCAGGCCACGCGACGCAAUAUGUCCACCGAGCUCUUUGGGAAAAAAUACAAGAGCCCGCUGUUGAUUGCGCCAAUUGGCGUGCAAGAGAUUGUGCAUCCAGACGCCGAAGAAGCGACCGCUCGAGCCGCAAGAGCAGCCAAUGUGCCCAUGAUUCUCUCCACGGCCGCGACGCGGAGUAUUGAGCAGGUCGCCAAAGCGAACGGAGACGGCGAUCGUUGGUUCCAGCUCUACUGGCCAAAGCCACAGGCCGAGGAAUUUACAGCCUCGCUACUCAACCGUGCAGAGGAGAACGGCUUCAGUGUGCUAGUCGUAACGCUCGACACCUUCCAGAUCGGCUGGCGCCCAAAUGAUCUCGAUGAGUCGUAUCUGCCUUUCAUCUGGGGCCAGGGCUGUCAAGUCGGCUUCUCAGACCCGGUGUUCCAGCGCAUGUACGCGAAACAGCAGGCCGAAGACACCAGAUCUGGAGGUCAGAAACUGGCAGAGUUGUGGCAGGUUCUUAGGCGCCCGGGCAGCCUCUACGGCGCAGCGAGGGUGCUGAGCAACGCGAGUAUUAUUCCUAAAGCGCUGUUUUUUACCAGCCUGGUAGCUUCAGGCAACUAUAGGGACUGGAGCGACUUGCAGACCCUGAGACGGCUCUGGACUGGGCCAAUCGUGCUGAAGGGCAUUCAGACAGUAGAAGACGCACACCGCGCCAUCUCAUACGGCAUGGAUGGCAUCAUCGUCUCCAACCACGGUGGCCGCCAACUGGACGGUGCAAUCGCCUCGCUCGACGCCCUGGCCGAGAUUGGUGCAGACGAGAAGGUCAAGCAAUCUGGUCUGACUGUGCUGUUCGACAGCGGCAUUCGGACGGGCUCAGACGUGCUCAAGGCGGUUGCGCUGGGUGCUAAGGCGGUGCUAGUAGGCAGGCCGUAUGUGUACGGCUUGGCGAUGGGAGGCGAGGAGGGAGUAAGACACGUGAUGAGUUGCUUGCUGGCGGACACAGAUUCGAGUCUUGCGAAUCUUGGCCGAAAGAGCCUCAGCGAAGUCACGAGGGACGACCUCAGGAUUGUGCAGGGGGUUGCGAAGCUGUAG